GCAUACCUCUAGUGACUCUAGUGUCUUCAGGAGAGUCCUGCAGAAGGGAACUCUUACUGGGAUGGGACGACAGCGGAUUGCAGCUGACCUUCAACUGUCUGGCGGGAAUCUAACUGACUGGCAUUCUCAAAACAUGUAAACUGUCGCUUUUUAGGGAUAUGCGUGAAAAAAACGUGUCUUUUGUAGCGUAAUUGAGGGUUUUUCUGCUUAGUUUUUUGGUUUAAACCAAAAACAUGUUCACAUCCUACGUAAAGAGUCUCACUGAUGUGGUUUUUCCUACGUCUGAAAGCCCAGAAGAGGAGCCGAGCCCGGGGGUCUUGGGGCGAAUCGGCAGCUGGUUCUCUCCGUGGAAGUCACAAAUCCCCAGGGAUCUUGAAAUCGAGAAUGCCACCAAAGCGAGCGAGCAGGGCCCUGUGCCAGACGCUGACGCAGCGAAGGGAGGAGCAGCGCGGGCUGAGCCUGUGAGAGAGCCCGCCGGAGGAGGCUGGCAGAGGAAGGAGGGGACAGGCGCUCGGAGCUCAGACCCAGAGCGGUCGCGCCUCUCCAGGGAUCUCUCCUCCUCCACGAAGGAGGACGCCGCCCGGUCUGCCCGCAGAGACGGCCCCUUCUGGUCCACCGACUGGGAGCCAGCAGAACCAGGGCCCAAGGAGGAGGAGUUUGUGGAUGCUAGGGAGUUUCUAGAGGGGAGGAGAGGACAGGGCUGGGAGCGGGAAGGAGGUGGCCACCGUGGGACGCCACUGACAGGAGAUCCCACUUUGGAGCACAAAGCCAGUCCUCUGACGCCUCGGUCUCGCACACGUGUGCUCGGAGCGGUGGGGAAGCUUGACGCAGUCCACAACCCGGCUCAGAGGAACGCACUCAACCACUCAGGCAAGAAGCUCCACGUGUACCUGGAGGAAGAGACAAGUGUGAUUAACAGUGGGAACAACUCCGGGCAGGAGGUGGUUCGCGUCAGACUAGAGAAGAGCUUCGAUGUUCUCGCCAAGACCAAGUCACUGGACGCUCUCUAUUCACCACGGAGCAGCGGCCCGGAGCGGCGUGAGAUCAGGAACAGGUUCUGUCUGAGUGCCCCGGUGGAUCUAGAGCUCACUGCCCCCUCAGACACCCACAGGGAGAGCCCUGAGACAGAGUCUGAGGAGACAGAUUCAGACAGGAUGGGGCGCAAAAACACCAGCCGGAGAAAGUCCAGGAAGCUGUCUCAUGGAGACGUGGAGGGAAACUCCCAAGAGAACACACCUUCCAAGGCGUGUCAGGCACUGUCAGGCUCCCCCUCAGCCUCAGGUGGAACGUUGUUGACCAUAGCUCCAGGGGUGGAGACUCACCUGGGGAGAGCAGCAGGAAACUCCGCCUCCAGUCAGGGCUUAUCUGAGGGAGGGAAAAACAAGACUUCGCCCACAGCUAUUCAUAGAGAAAUUCCUCUGGGUAAGCAGCCAAAGGGACAUUUAGGCACCGAUACUACCAGUUGUACUGGCACCAUCGUGGCUGCAGUUGAUGGAGAGGAAGACAUGGAUGAAAAAUUUAAGUUGGAGAGGAAAACUGAAACAGCAGAGUCCAAACGCAAGAGUAUUAAGGUCUCCAGAAGUGAGGUGAAGAUAUUUUCGAAGAAUGUUCUUGUAAACGCUGAUUCACAAUCUGGGCCCAGAAGUGGAAAUGUUUCAGAGAACUUUCAUUCAGGAUUAUCAAAACCUCAAGAUGCAGUCAAGGAUAAUUCUGAAACAGAGGUCCUUGCAAGAAAAGGGAACCUGGGGAUACUGGAGGAGGAACCUAAGGCCGUGAUUGCAGGUCGGAUUGCAGAUAAGAUCAGCGUCUUCGAGGGACAGAGAUUGGGGGCUGUGAAGAAGACCUUCCAUACUACAAGGAGUGCGGAUGUCUCUCCGAUCAGGGCCGCCUCUAGAUCACUAAAGGAGGAAGGCGUAGACGGAGGCAACAGGUCCAAGUCAGAGGAGCGCCUUGAUGACGGCAGGUCCAGUUCAGCUCCACCUGAGAAGGCAAGGACUGUUAAGGAACGGGCGAGAAACAUAGAGGCAUGCAAAUCCGAAAACAAAACACCAAUGUCUCCAAAGGUUGCAAUUCGAGGAAUGUCUCUAAAAACCUCCUCUGUGUCUUUGAGAGCUGUGUCAAAGCCAUCCCAACUGGACAUUCAGGACAAACAGGCUGUCAACGAGAAAACACCAACUGCACUCAUAUCCGAGAUAAGAUCCAAACACGAUGUGCCAGAUGGCACCGUUGAGGCCGUGAAGCUUUCAGGUCCUGAGCAACUGCAGGCAGACUCUGGAACUAUACACCCCAAAGAACUCACAGAGAGGAAGGAUCUACUUACGACUAAGAACAACAUUGAAUCAGAUAGACCAGUGCCUGCUGACUCUGAUGAACAUGCUAAUGAGAUUAACCCCGAGGCUAAAACAUCUAGCAAGACGGGUACCCGCUCUAAGAAGAGGAGGAGUAGAGACCUUACCAGUCCUCCGAAUGGUACGAAAUCUGACGGUUCAAACGAUAAGCCCUUGCUGACUUCCAGCCAACAGGAUAAGGAGUCUGCCAGCAUUGGGCCGUGUUCACCCGUGCUGACUCUAACAGAUCCAGGCAUGGUUCAAUCCAAUAAAUCUCUCGGUAAAACUGCUGUGGAAAAACACCACGCCACUGGUUCCACCCAGCAGGUUUCAGGCAAGACAGUACAGUCUCCAGAUAAAGAGCCGGGCUCUAAGGAUGAGGGCAGAGACCAAUUACUAAAGGGGCAGGGGGGAUUGUUGAAAUCUGUCACUAAAUAUAAAGGGCCCGAUACUGACACUUCCCAACGCAGAACAAAGCAGCCUUCUGAUGUAGGUCGUUUACCUGGGAAAAUAGACCCAGUAUCUGAUCAGAAGGGGGAAGAGGUUUCAAAGGGCAAUAGUAAAGCAGUCCCCUCCCCCACAUCCUCGAUAGUAGAACAACCGCUCAUAGAGAAACCACCAGCAGUGGAGCAAGGUGCACCAGUUGCUCCUGUUAAAUCAGAGAAGCCUCCAAAUCAGGCUGAAAGCAAAGCUAAAGGGAGUGUUAAACAACAAGUGGCAAAAACAGAGGCCAUCGAUCAAAGUGAAGAUGGAUGUAAACAGAAAAAUGUACAAUCGAAAAAGAAUGACACCAAAAAUGUUCCUCAUGUUAAGGACCAGGCCAAAGAAAACGUUCAAGAACAACAACUACCGAAGCAGCAGCAAAUUAGUGUGGAUAAGGUUACCACAAAGGGAACGGCUUCAAACAGUCGAGAGACCACCACAGACACAGAGAAAAGUAAGGCUGAGACUGGGAAAAAAGGAGGAGACAAGCCCUCCAAAAACACUUUAAACUCGGAGCCCAACCAGUCAGAGGCAAUGAAGAAAGCAUCUCCCCCAAAGCAGUCUGUUGAUAUACCUGCUCUUGUGAGGGAGUUACCCACCGCCAAAGGUGGAGGAGUGAAUGAGAGGGCGGCCCCUGCAGACACCCACACUGUGCGUGUGAGUGACAGUGAUAAGGGGCCUGUCAAACCAGCCAAGUUGCAGAGGACUACAAAUGAGUCAAAAAAGGAUUCUGCAAAAGUCAGCAACAAAGAAACAAAGGCAGCAGUGACCGCAGUGGAACUACAGUCUGAAUGUUUGCCUGUAGGAAAAACAGAGACAUUGGCUGAUGACUCACACACACAAGAAGCUGGUGGUUUAGUUGCACAAGAGGCAUUUGGUUCUGAUCUACCGGUUAAAACAGGCACGGCGGUGAAACACGUGCCUGAAAAAAAAAAAACUCUGCCUAAUGUUAAAUCUGAUGGCAGAGAAAAGCCAGAAAAGCCCAAAUCAGUUGAAAAUAUAAUUUCUCCUCACACUACCCUCCCUAAGCCUAUCAGCCAAGAUGUGGCGGAAAAACCAACUGGGAAUAAAAGCAUGACUAACAGUUCUUCAACAACAGGGGUCGAAAGCUCUCCGAAGAUAAUGACUGACCCGUCUCACGCGGCACAGCUUAAUGAUUCACAAAAGCUACACCAUACAGUGAAUACUGUCGGAUCAGCUGCUGCCACACAGGAAGUGGAGCAGAGUCCAUGUGAUAAUAAAGUUACUGUACCUAGCAUCACAAACACUAAGGAGACGGAGACAGUCGAUAAACGAAACCUUGAACAACAGGUGAUAUCUUCGCCCGUUGUUAUGGAAGAUAUCACUCUAAUAUCGCAGCCUGUCAACAAUAACCCCGCGUCAGCCUCGUGUGCGCCUGAGACUGCUAAACAAUCUGCUGGGAAAGAAAACAUUGAAAGUGGCCCAGGCUCUCCCCAGCGCUCCCCUCAGACCAGGCUGACUCUGCCAAGGGGGCUGGGAGCAGGCGACUCAUCGCCCCAGCGGGACGCCCCCUCCAGCUGGCUGGAUGUGGACUUCCCCAAGCAGAGGCUGAGGCUCCCGGAUCAGCCUCCGAGGCUGGGUUACUCCUCCAGCGAGAGCAACCUCCUGGACACGGCGGGGGAGUUGGGCGACGACGACUUUGUGGAGAAGAUCAAGAACCUCUGCGCCCCCUUCUCCAUGCCGCCGCGCAAACACAGCCACCUGCGGCCGCCGCAGCCCCCGUUCGCCAUGCCCGCCAUCAGGGAGGACCGCUUCGAGAAGACCUUCGACCCCGAUCAGUUCCAGUUUGGGCUGAGGAAGAAAACGGCCAAAUCGGGCCCCAGUCUGCUGGCCAAGCUCCAGAGCAACGAGACCAAAGCCAGCCUGAAGCCCGCCAGGGCUAGCAUAGCGGACCGGUGCAUCCUGCUCAAUAGCAUGGACUCGCGCUCCCGGCUCAGGGAGAGGCGCUUGGCCCACGAGGAGAAGGAGGAAGGGGAGGAGGAGAGGACAACGACAUCAAACGAAAAGGAAGAGAAGAAAGAGGAGACCAAGGUGAGGUCUCGCUUGGAGGGAAGCAGCAUCCUCAGCAGCCUGAGUGCUUCCAGUGCCAGAGGGAAGAGAACCGGUCUGGAGGCCCUCCCCCUCUCUGGGGUUGCAACAUCUAGCGAAGGCCCCCAGAAUGGCCUGUCCCCUGGAGCUUCUGCACCACUCCUGCCUAGCCCUACCUCCCCAGCUCCAUUGGCUGAGGUCUUGGGCAGCCACCACCCAGCGGCUCUUGCUGACAGUAGUGGCACCCAGGCCGGGCAGGAUCUGGUCGGUGAGUCAGCUCCACUGCUUCCCUCCUUUAACGACAUCAAGCUGCCCGACUAUUUGGAGAAGAACCUCCCUCGAGAAGGCGAAGCAGGAAGGGAACAAGUCAACCCAGAGAAGCCGGGGGUCGUGAUGUCAUCAGCAGCCCUCGAGGUUGCAAAAGAAAUGAAGAAAGAGCCCGGGCUCCCGGUCGCUGGUGGAAUGCUGCCAUGUCUACCUGCAACCCCCGCAGUCCCACCCCCUGCACAAACCAAGCCCGCUGCGCCCUCCCGGCUUCCCCCAACAAAGCCGCUACCACUCCCACAUGGGAUGCACACUGCUGAUACCGGAGUCCCAAAAGGACCUCACAGGCGUCCAGGAAAGAUGGUGCUGUUUGAGAAGGCUCCGUUCGGCGGCCAGGCCUACGAGGUGUUCAGAGACCUCGAGGACGCCACCGCUCUGCAGCUCUCGCCCGUCAUCUCGGUCAGGGUCGUCCGGGGCUGCUGGAUCCUCUAUGAG